AUGGCGGAGAAUCGCCGGAGCAGUUCCGAGAGUUCUGUUGAAGUUUCGCUGGCAAUUGAGCGGGAAAUUGACGGCGGGAGUGGCCGGAUAAGCGUUGAGUUGGAGAACGGACAGGCCAGUGGCGGUGGCGGAGGCGUCAGUGCUCCGGUGACCAACGGUAGCUCUGCAGGGCAUUCAGGGAGUUCUGACUUUAGCUUUUCGAAAGCUAAUCCAGCGGAGAUAUCACCAACUAAUGAAAAGCCAGUGCAACAUUCGGUUCCAGUAAAGUUGGAGAGAUCAAAAACGGAGAGCACCAGACCUAGUGUAUUGUCCAAAGAGGCAGCAAAGAUUUUCGACAACAAAAUUCCAGUUCAGCAGAAGUUAAAGCUGUUAAAUAGAAUAGCUACUGUCAAAGAUGACGGAACUGUCGAAUUCGAUGUUCCAGGGGAUAUUGAAGCUCAAUCUUUUGGUGUUGGAACCAUUUCCGGUUCUACUGAUGUUGCUGAUGAGACUCUUGAUGCAACCGACCUUCAAUGCAUACCACCAAUGCAAAUAGUAAUGCUUAUUGUUGGAACGCGUGGAGAUGUGCAGCCAUUUAUUGCAAUUGGCAAACGUUUGCAGGACUAUGGCCAUCGUGUAAGACUAGCUACUCAUUCAAAUUUUAAAGAGUUUGUCUUGACUGCUGGCUUGGAGUUUUAUCCUCUAGGCGGUGAUCCAAAGAUCCUUGCUGGCUAUAUGGUUAAAAAUAAAGGCUUCUUGCCAUCAGGUCCUUCUGAGAUUCCUAUUCAGCGUAACCAGAUAAAGGAAAUUAUAUAUUCCUUACUUCCAGCUUGCAAAGACCCUGAUCUAGAUUCUGGUAUCCUCUUUAAAGCGGAUGCAAUUAUUGCAAACCCCCCAGCAUACGGGCAUACUCAUGUGGCGGAAGCACUGAAAAUACCUCUUCAUAUAUUUUUUACAAUGCCAUGGACGCCAACAAGUGAAUUUCCACAUCCUUUGUCCCGUGUUAAGCAACAGACUGGAUAUAGGCUUUCGUAUCAAAUUGUUGACUCCUUAAUAUGGCUUGGAAUACGGGACAUGAUUAAUGAUGUUCGGAAGAAAAGAUUGAACUUACGACCAGUUACAUAUUUAAGUGGUUCACAAGGCUCCGAGUCUGAUGUCCCACAUGGAUACAUAUGGAGUCCCCACCUUGUUCCUAAACCAAAAGAUUGGGGACCUAAGGUUGAUGUGGUGGGAUUUUGCUUCCUUGAUCUUGCAUCAAAUUAUCAACCUCCAGAACCUCUAGUGAAAUGGCUUGAAGCUGGUGACAAGCCUAUAUACAUUGGAUUUGGUAGCCUUCCUGUUCAAGAGCCACAGAAAAUGACACAAAUAAUCGUCGAAGCAUUAGAACAGACAGGACAGAGAGGCAUCAUUAACAAAGGCUGGGGUGGCCUUGGGGAUUUGGCUGAGCCAAAGGAUUCCAUAUACUUACUGGACAACUGCCCUCAUGACUGGCUGUUUCUUCACUGCAAGGCAGUGGUGCAUCAUGGAGGUGCUGGAACAACGGCUGCUGGUCUAAAAGCUGCAUGUCCGACAACAAUAGUUCCUUUCUUUGGAGACCAACCCUUCUGGGGAGAACGAGUACAUGCCAGAGGAGUUGGCCCUGCGCCCAUUGCAGUUGAUGAGUUCUCACUUCCCAAGUUGGUUGCUGCAAUAAAUUACAUGCUUGAUCCCAAGGUGAAGGAGCGUGCUAUUGAACUUGCAAAGGAUAUGGAGAAUGAGGAUGGUGUGACAGGAGCAGUCAUGGCCUUCUUUAAGCAUCUUCCUCCCAAAAAGCCAGAAUCUGAGCCAGAAACCACGUCAUCGGGCCUUUUCUCGAUAAGUAGAUGUUUUGGUUGUUCCUGAAUCCAUCGUAUAUAUCCGUUUCUGUCCCGUUAUUUUGUCCCCCAUAGUGUAGCAUGAAGAAAGUUCAUUGCUGGGUCUCCAAAGAACGAAGAGUGAUCCUUGUUGAUUAUUAGUCUUGUUCAUAGUUCUCAUUCCCUACUGUAAAAUGUGUAAUUAUCCACAUCCACAACAUAUUUGUUCACAUUUCACAUUCAUUCAGAGAAAGUUAUGAUCCGUUCUUAAAGCUGAUUCUGAUUUAGUGACCGUAAUUCGACAGUAAAUUUUUGUGAAUGGAAACAUUUUCUUCCGAACGAAAUUGAUGUAAAUGAUGCAUACGUUCA